AAAUAUGAACAUAAAACAUUCUUGUGUUGAUCUAAACAAGUAGGAGAAUUAAUAGUUCAAAGCAAUAGAAAUUAUUAAGUUAAAAUUUUAGGCCCUGAGCAUUCUUUUAUGAUGGAGCGUGUUAGAAAUAAAAAAUUAAUUUUGGCCCUCCGCCUAACUGCUCUCUAGAAGUGGUCCCUGACAUUAUAUCCUUAAUUUAUUGCAGCAAAGAACUCAUGUAUCAGCAAGUUCUCAGCCGUUUUGGCCAUUUCAAUGCCAUUCAACUAAAUGAUCCAGUUCCCUUGAAAGACUUGAUUAUAUUGGCACUCAAGGAAGAGGACCUAGAUUCGGAUUGUAAUGAUGAUGACACAUUAAAAGACAAGAUUGCAGAAAUGAACACAGAACUGCUGAAACAAAAGCCUGAAAUGCUUGAGGAAUAUUUCGGCAUUCAUAUUGAUGAGCAUGGAAAUGUCUCUAGACUUCCUGUGAUACUUGAUCAAUACACUCCAGACAUGGAUCGGAUCCCAGAGUUUGCUCUUUGUUUGGGCAAUGAUGUUGACUGGGAAGAUGAAAAGAGUUGCAUUCAAACGAUUUCAGCUGCUCUGGGAAACUUCUAUGCUAUGCAUCCACCGAUGUUACCCAAUCCAUCUGGUGAAGGUUUUCUUUUUUACAAGAAGAGAAAAAUGAUGGAUGACUGUGUUGAAGAGAAUACCCAUGAUAAUAUCGGGAGUGACGUGAUUGACAAUAAAGUUGAACAUGAACUACUUUCUGAAGCUGAGACUACUUGGGCGCAGCGCGAAUGGUCAAUACAACAUGUGCUUUUUCCUUCCAUGAGACUCUUUUUCAAACCACCUGUUUCUAUGGCUACUGAUGGAACCUUUGUACAGAUAACUUCGCUGGAGAAACUGUAUAAGAUUUUUGAAAGAUGUUAGGCCAUCAUAUGGAUUGAGACUACCGGUUGUUGGGUUUGGGCAUUUUGGGUUUGGAUUAAUUGUGUUCCUUUGUAUUCUCUGUAAAUACGCAUCUAGAUUAUUCAGGUAUUAGAGGAAUUCUUGUAGUGAUUCGUCAAGUUGUUCCUUCGAAUGUUUUUUCAAAUGUAUAGGCACUACGUAAAUGAUGCACAUGUAUUUUCCAGGAACUGAUGAAAGUGCAUUCUAAUCUUUUGAAUUUGACAUUUUUCUAAUCUUGUAUCU